AUGGAAGACCUCACGCAGAGUUGGAGCCGUUUGACUCUAACUAAUAGGGAGGGACCAGGAUGUAGUCUAACGGCUACUGACAGUUUAGAGGAAUUAUCCAUCCUAGCAAAGUUUUUCACGAAGAGAAACCUAAGCAUUGAUGCCAUUGCACGAACCUUCAACCCAAUAUGGAGGGCUCGCAAUGGUUUCAAAAUCCAGAAUUAUGGAGAUCACAUGGUUUUAUUCACUUUCGAUAAUAAGAAUGAUGUUGAUCGAAUCAUAGCAAGCGAGCCAUGGAGUUUUGACAAACAUUUGGUGGCGAUGCAGAAAUACGACAAAGAAACGCCAAUAGAUGAGGUUAAAUUUGAAAGAGCAAGCUUUUGGGUUCAACUACAUGGUAUACCACCAAAAUACAUGACAAAGGAAGCGGCUUUGAAGAUCAGUGGAGUGAUUGGGGAAGUGACCGUUCCCAAAGAGUUCAAGGAAAUUGAUGGAGGGAAUUUUCUUUGUCUACAGGUGAGCAUAGAUUUAUCUUUACCUUUAUGUCGAGGCAGACUCAUUUCUUUAGAGAAUGGGAGGCAAGUUUGGAUCAGUUUCAAGUAUGAACGACUCCCAAAUGUGUGCUAUUGGUGCGGACGUCUUACACAUGAUGACAAGGAGUGUGAGAUAUGGAUUGAUAAUGAAGGAACCCUUAAGCCAGAUGACAGACAGUUCGGCCCAGGUUUACGAGCUUCAGCUUUCACACCAACAAGGAAAAUGGGAUUGACUGUGCCGGGAUAUUAUUCGUCACGGAAGAAGGCUGAGACCACCAUUGUCACUACACCUAUGGAGGCCGAGGUGACUGCAAACUUGGAACAGCUGGCAAUGAUCAUCACGGAAAAUACUCAAGCCAAUGGUCGGAGUGAAACAAAUAGAGUAACGCCCACUAAGGAGUUGAAGUGUAACGCACAAAGCAACAAUAAUUGCGUGGCUGAAUCAAUGACGCGAGAUAUUAAUUAUGGACUGGAAAAUAAUAUUAAGACAGAUAUGAAUGUUGAGCCAUUGCUUGAUCCACAGCAGCAUGAGUUUCAAUUGCAUUCAAUUAACAUCAAUACCUAA